UAAUUAAUAUGACUGACCAAAGUUAUAAAGAAAAGAAUAAAAGUAGUAAAGAUAUAGAAGGUGAAAUUAAAAUUGAUGUUGAAUCGAAUAAUCUGGAAAUAGUAAGAUAUCCUAAAACAAGUGAUGAUGAAGAUUUUGAAAUAAACGUAGAAAAUAAUAAUAAAGAUGUUGUUGAAGAUAAAGUUAGAACAGGAACUAAGAGGCAACGACAUUGUGAUGUUUCUAAUUCACCCUAUUCUCCCACAGUUUGGGUACAAUUCGUAGGUUUGGGUCGAGACAAUAUGGCACCAAGUAUGGGUACUCCGUUGGAUUAUGAUCCAGAAUCAAGAAAUUCAUUUGUGAAAUUAGUAUUUCUUAUAGUUCUAGUUAUGUUGCUGUGUACAGUUGGGUUUAAUUUUUUUGUUUUAUCAUCGGAAGACAUGAGAAACUUUUUCAAAUCUAUGGGAAUUAUUGUUCUCAUACCAGCACUUAUAACAAUGUUAGCAGUGAAUUACGCGAUGGUAUGUUCUACGUGUGCGAGAGUGAUGCCAUGCAACAUCGUGUGUCUCUGCAUUGCGGUAGCCGCCAUGAGUGUAAUUUCGUCAUAUUUCACAGUAAAAUACGACACACGUUUGGUCUUGUAUGCUGUUUUGGCGACAGUAUGCACCGUUAUUGUAUGCAUUAUGUUGGCUUGUAGCAGUUUUGACUUUACCAAAUGGCUCUUGUACGUGGUGGUAAUAGGAGCGGCAGUAAGCGCUGUAAUCAUGAUUGUAUCGAUUACGUGGCUAGUCAGUGACACGUAUUACAAGCCGCUCCAUAUUGUCAUACUCCUUGUUGGCACAGUACUAAAUGUUAUUAUACUUGUUAUGGAACUGCAAACCAUAUUGGGGGGUAGGGCAGUGGAACUCAGUGAAGAUGACUACGCUCUGGGUGCUUUCUUGUUGUAUACGUCUAUAGUUGACCUGUUCCUAAAAAUGUUACAACUGGCAGGUCUUUUUGAUAGUUCAUGA